AUGGUCAGUUCCGCUCUCGAAAUCUUCGAUGCGAAGAAAACUGACCGGUUGUUGCUCACUCUUGAAGGUGUAACUGGUGCUGAAACCGUUCUUGCUAUCAAAAAGCGAAUUGCGCAGAAAAGUUGGUUUCAAAUUAUGUUCGCACAAUUUUAUUUCUUUUGCAGUUGGAAAAUUGAAUGUGGAACGUCAAUCUCUCCGGUUGGAACCUAAGGGAAAAUCUGUGUCCGAUGAUUCCAAGGUUUUUUUUUGAUUAUUUUGUUUAAAAUUUUAGUCAGAGAUGAAAGGCACAAAAACGGUAGUUAUCGUUUCCGGAAUACUUUUCAAUUUUUCUCGUAAUAAACCAUCAAGUUUUUACUUACAGCUGAGUGAUUUGAAUAUCAGUUCGCAAAAGGGCGUCAUCUACUUGAAGGAUCUCGGACCGCAAAUCCCUUGGAAAACCGUGAGUAAUUUAUUUAGCUGUAGAGCCGAAUUAUCAGUACUUCUAAUGUCAAACCUAGAAAAUAGAAUUAGGUUUGGAAGAUUGACUAUUUUGUUUGUGAAAAAUAUUUGGGUUUUCAGGUUUUCCUUGUGGAAUAUGCUGGGCCUUUCUUCAUCUACCCGUUGUUCUACUUACGGCCAAGUUUCAUUUAUGGGUCAGGUGAGUUUUUUCUAAGUUUAAAAGAAAAGCGUGAUUAAAAAACAAACUGGAAUUUUGAUUGGAAUGUUAACUUUCAAGAAAAAUUUUAAAAAUAAAAUCUAGGCUUUGCUGUUCGAAAAGAAGACUUAAAUUUUUAAAAAUUAAGUUUAUAGGACGUAUGGGCUGUUGAGAUUUCCUGAUUUUUCAUUCAACUAGUUUUCUUGUAUUUUUCGGAGUAACGCUCAUCAUUUAUUGAGAAUCUUUAUAUUUCCGUUCAGCUGCGGCAACGAAAAACGUUCAUACAGCCGUGACUUACGCGUUCCUCUGCUGGAGUCUUCACUACGCCAAGCGCCUUUUUGAAACUCAGUUCAUCCACCGAUUCAGCAAUGGCACAAUGCCUCGUUUCAACCUUUUCAAGGUUUCUUUUCAGUAAUAAACAAUGAAUUUAAAAGUCAGAAUUAAAUAAAAUUUUCGAAGGUGUUCAGUUGAAAAAGGCUGAAAUCAGUAAUAUUUCUCGGUCUCAGCCGGGGUCUAAGCUUUGGUUGUUUUUUUUUUCUGGGAGUUUUAAGACUUUUCUUGCAGAAUUGCUCGUAUUACUGGGGCUUCGCUGCCUUCGUCGCUUACUUUGUCAAUCACCCACUGUUCACGCCGCCGUCUUUUGGAAAUGCUCAGAUUUACCUGGGUCUGACCGGCUUCCUGAUCUCCGAAUUUGGUGAACUCACUAGUUUUCUCUCAUUUGGACAGGUUUCGUCCAGGUAACUUGUCUAUCCACAUUCUGCUGCGCAACCUGCGGCCUCCUGGAACCCGCGAACGUCGCAUCCCCAAGCCUGACGGAAAUCCUCUCAGUCUGCUCUUCAACUACGUUUCUUGCCCCAACUACACCUACGAAGCCUCCGCUUGGCUCUCCUUCUCUCUCAUGGUCCAAAGCCUGCCCGGUUUGUUUCAUUUCUCUUUGUCGGAAACUUAUAUGUUUUCACUCAUGUAGGAAAAUUAUUAAAUUUUUGCCAACGCCGAAAUUUCUUCGAUUGGGGACGUUCAAAAACGGAAAAAUUCAUGCUUCUGCUUCGAAAAGUUUUUCGAAAGAUUUGGUUAUUCAUUUUUUUCAGAAUUUUUUUGACUGUUUAUUCUUUCGCUAAACUAUUUCUCUUUUUUUUCUCAUUCAUGCUUCUUUUUGCUCUGUAAAAAGAUAUAUGAAAGAACAGAAAAAGCGCAAAAAAAGUUUUUGUCACUUCUAUCCAUGCGUAAGUUUUGUAAAAAAAAAUUGUAUCGUAGGAAAAAUGUAUUUGUGAACUAGAAUGUUUUUUUUCUUAGCUCUCCUGUUCACUGCUGCUGGAUUCUUCCAAAUGAUGAUCUGGGCCAAGAACAAGCACCGCGCCUACAUCAAGGAGUUUCCUGAUUAUCCCAGAUCUCGACGUGCUAUCGUACCCUUUUUCAUUUAAAUUAUGCCAUUUGUUAUUUUAUCCGUUUUUUUUUUUGAGAAUUCGUUUGAAAUCGUUUUAUUUGAUAUUUAAUAAUAAAACCAUAAUUAAAAUAAAACUUUCUCAAAUUUUUGUUUGCAUUAUUCUAUUGUUCACCGAAGCUAACGUUGUAUCGUGUAGAUAUUAAUUUUCACAAAGAAAACUGCGCGAAAGACAUUUCUGCUGACGCUAGGGAGUUCUGCAACUGCACAAAAUCCGAUGGCUUUGGUUUGCUCUCGCAUAGUUUUCAGAUUCUGUUUAAUCGAUAAUAAGGAGGGCUAGUUUUUCAGUAACGGUCAGGAAGACCGAGAUGUCGGAAAUACAAGGCGUAGUGCUGUGUUCUGGCGCCGGCACUCGGAUGACUGCGCUCACCGAAGAAAUCCCCAAAUGUCUGCUUCCAGUCGUCGGCGUCCCCAUGUUCAUCUACCCAGUUUCUUCUCUUCUUCGAGCCGGCCUCAAAGGUUCUUCUUUAAUUUUUAAGUUUCAUCGUGCAAUAUGAUUAGUGAGAUCGUUUGAUUCCAUCAAUCAGUCCGUUGGAAUGUAUCAGGAUCGCCAACUCAAAGCCGUAAACUUUUGGAUGUCAGAAAACCAAAAAUAUCAGAAUAGUUUCCACUUUAUUUUAAAUCCAUGAUCAUUGCCAUUUAUGUCUGACAGAGAGGAACAUAGACAAAGGCUUCUUGUAAAAUCUUCAAAAAAACUUAUAUCAUUCAUUCUUAGCUGCCUCUUGUACGAUGUUAACUAUAUAAUCGAAUCAAAUAAUUUUCUUACCAAAUAGUUCUUAAAGACAUAAAAAUCUUCGUCCGCGAAAACGUGCGAGACGCGCUUUGGGCUUCGCUGGAAGAGUUUGGAUUGGAAAAGACGGCUCAGUUUGAAAUCAUUUCUGUGACGCGCGAGCAGGAGGAAUAUGGCACAGCCGAUGUCUUGCGGAACUACGCUUCCAGAAUCACGGUUUGUUGGAAGUUCAUCUUUUCUCCAUAGGGAUCAUAUCUUGAUAGUUUUUUCUCAUUUUUUCACUAAAAAUAAUUUCAGCAAGAUUCAAAGAUGAAGAAUCGUUGGGAUUGAUAUAAUUUUCUCAGAAGUUUAGCAGAAAAGAGUUUAAAAUGACCUAUGAACCUCGGGAUUACCCAAAUAAAAAGAAGAAAACAGUUGCAAUAAUUGGAAGGCUUCGAAAUUUAAUCCGAAAAUAGCCAAUGAUUUUUGGAACCGAAAAGAGACGUUCAGAAGGACGCUUUGGUGGUGUCGUGCGACUUCGUGUCGGACUGUAGCCUCAUCCCAAUGAUCGAUCUGUUCCGCGUUGAAAAAGUUUGUCUGAAAAAAGGAUCGGAAGUGUUACUUUCUUUUUGAGGCGACGCUCGUGGCUCUCGUUAGUGACACUUGCGUCGGCGGCGCCGCUCCAGGAAAGGCCGAGAAAAAGUCAAAAAAGACGAAAGGUUUUUUAGCUGAACUAUUUAUUAACAUUAAGGUUGAAAGUGAUUCUGACCUAAGUAAUAGUUCGAUUUAGUCAGAUUACGAUGACGAUUUUUUUGUGAAUUAAACAAAUCUUUAUUAUCAAGUGGGAUAGUAUGGGAAUAAAUUAAACAUGUUUCUUUUCUCGAAAAAAUCAAAUGUUCCCCUGACUUUUUUUGAUAUAUAGCUUUUGCUUCGUUUGAAAAACUUGGGAUUCACAAAAAAAAAUUCUUAGCUUUAUGGCUUUCGGACAUGCCAAGUGACUAUUUUCAAUUCAGAAAAAAAGACAUUACUUCAGAUGGCUUCUGUAUAGAUGGAAUUAUUUCUGAAUAAGAAGCUGUAAAUCGGUGAAACAGAUGACAUACACAGGAAUAGUAGUUUUACAGCAUCAGAUCUGAUGGCGAUCAGCGAAGAGCGUGGUCGAAUCGCUUAUCUUUCGGCCGAGGAGGACUUCGACAGCUCCAUUCACACAGAGCGUUGGAAGUUUGUAUUUCUUCCAAACUUUGAACGAAAUCUUGCUUUAUUUGAAAAAAAGAACGGAAAAAAACUUGCAGAUUCCCUCGAAUAUCCUUAACUUCGAAAUACAACGACUGUCACGUCUAUGCGAUUCGACACUCAGCGCUGCAAGUUCUCCAGCGAAGCAAAACUGAGUAUUUUGUCUUCUUUUUGGCUUCUUAAAAGAUUCACUUGUUUUUAGCAAGUUCUCAUCUUUGAAAGCAGACUUCAUACCGUACCUCAUCGAUCAACAGUUUGACGGUAGGAGUUUUUCAGCUGUUCAUUUGUCAUACAUGGGAAGACCUAUCGAGUACUUUUUAGACUUCUUUCUUUUUAACUUCCUCCUCAUCAAAAACCAAACUGUUUGUUUAUCGGGAAGAUGAACAAAAGUCAAAAAGGAUAAACCACAAGGGAAAGCUGGUGCAAAUGAGUGACAGAAGCGGUCGCCUGAUAAAAAGCUUGUGUGGUAUUUUAAACGCGUUUAUGCAGAAAACUGCGAGGUUUCCUGCUUUGCGUACCGCCUUCCUCAUGAAAACGGCUUCGUUACGGCCCACGCCAACACGAUCAGCACCUACUUCGAGGUCAACAAGGCGGUUUGUCGACGUCACUGUUCGCGACUUUCAACCUUUUUCAGAUGCUCAAGUCUUUCACUCGCCUUUUCCCGCAUAAAGGCACCGGCAGGUCAUUCAACUACAGAGAAACCGGCGUCGCUAUGCACGAAAGCCGCGUCGAGAACGACGUGGAGGUGAGCAGAAAAGGGAAAAAAGAAACAUUCAAGCAAAAUAGUUACCAAGGAGGUUUGAUGUGUUUGAAAGGACAAGAGUUCCGACUUUUAGUCUUCUCAGACUGAUCCAAUUUUUUUGAGGUUGGGGAUAAAGUGGUGAUAAAAAGAACAGUCGCUCUUUCUGGCUGCAAACUCGGUGGCAACGCUAAACUCAAGGAAAGCUUAUUGCUUAGCGACGUCAAAGUUGGACUUGGGUAUUUAGAUUUUUGUUGUGUUCAACUUUUUCCUCAUUGAAGAGCUUCGAUAACGCACUCAAUCGUUUGCGAAGGAGCAGAAAUAGGUGAAAAUGCGGACAUUAACAACUGCAUCGUGGGCCCAGGUCAAAAAGUCGCACCAAAAGGUUUUUCUUGUUUUUUGGAGAUGAUUUCCACUCGUCCUAUUUCAGCCAAAAUCUCGAACGAAGUUCUACAAGACGAAAGUAACGAGGAGUGGGCUGAAGCAUGA